AUGUCUGCUUUGGAAACGAACGGAAAUGGUAUCCAUGCCAAUGGGACAACGCCCAAGACAGGCAUCAAAGUCAUCAUCAUCGGCGCAGGUUUUGGUGGUCUCACGGCGGCCAUUGAGUGUGUCCGCCAUGGUCACACGCCUGUCAUCUACGAGUCGUUUCCCGAGCUCAAGAUCCUUGGCGAUAUUAUAACCUUUGGUCCCAACGCUGGCCGCAUCUUCGCGCGAUGGAGCGACGGUCGUGUCGCGCGCGACAUGCGUAGUAUUUCGAUUGACCUCACCGACUACGGCUUCAACAUCCAUAAGUGGGACACUGGUGAGAUUGUCCUCAACCAAAAGACGCCGCCACGCGACGAGAAGGCGCCCAUGUUCAAUGGACAUAGGGGCGAGCUGCACGAGAUUGUGUUCAACUACGCCAAGGAAAUUGGGGUGGAGAUUAACCUCGGGCAUCGCGUGAACGAAUACUGGGAGAACGGCGACGAGGCUGGGAUCGUGCUAGAAGAUGGGACAAAAGUCAGCGGUGAUGUCGUCGUUGCUAGCGAUGGCGUGAGGAGCAAAGCUAGAACGUUGGUGUUGGGUUAUGAGGACAAGCCCAAGAGCAGUGGCUAUGCGGUUUGGAGAGCCUGGUUCAGCAACAAAGACAUGCUGGCAGACCCUGAAACCAAGCAUUUCUGCGAUAACGGCGACACCUUCAACGGCUGGAUCGGCCCGGACGUCCACUUCCUCUUCAGCACCAUCAAAAACGGCACAGACUGCUGCUGGGUACUCACCCACCGCGACUCCCACGACAUCGACGAAUCCUGGUCCUUCCCCGGCUACCUAAAAGAUGUCCGUGCCGUCCUCGAAGGCUGGGAUCCAAUGUGCUGGAAAAUCGUGUCCAAAACGCCCGAAUCCAAACUUGUAGACUGGAAGCUUGUUUACCGCGAUCCCCUCCCUAACUGGGUAUCUGGAUACGGGACCGCGCCAGGCCAUGGUCGCAUAUGUCUCUUGGGCGACGCCGCGCACCCGUUUCUGCCAACGAGUGCGCAGGGCGCGACACAGGCGCUUGAAGACGGCGUGACGUUGGCGGUGUUGUUGAGGAAGACUGGGAAGGGCAAUGUGAGGGGCGCGUUAAGAGCGUACCAGGAUGUGCGAUAUGAGCGUGUUAAGGCGGUGCAGAAAACUGGCGAGACGACAAGAGAUAUGUGGCAUAAGACAGACUGGGAGAAGGUCAAGAAGGAUCCUACAUUGAUCCAGUUUCCGAGGGAGGAUUGGGUGUUUUUGCAUGAUGCUGAGAAGCAUGCGGAGGAGGUGGGAGAUGAAGCUAUCAAGAAGGCUAGUGCUACUGCUGUGGCGUCGCAGGGUAUUCUGGAGGGACGAUGA